AUGUAUGAAAAAGUUAAAGUAGCAGUACGUCUUCGCCCUUUAAUAGAAUAAGAGUUACUAGCAAAGGAUAAAGCUAUUUGUGUUGAUUCUAUUGACAAUUAAAAAAAGUCAAUCAUUAGUAUUGUCUAUAAUUCAUUAAUCAGUUAAGAAAGACUUCGAAAAAAGGCAAUUUAAUUUUGACACCAUAUUUGAUCCUAAAGUAACUUAAAGUUAAAUUUAUAAUGAAAUAGCAAGGAACAUUGUUACAGUAUUAAAUUUGAUUAAAAAUGAUAGAGUGCGAUUAAAGGUUUUAAUGGAACUAUAUUUUGUUAUGGUUAAACAGGAACAGGUAAAACAUAUACAAUGAUGGGUAAAAUUGAUACUGAAGAAAAAGGAAUUAUACCACGUACUUUUGAAUAAAUAUUUAAUGAAAUUGCUCUUGAUGAUGAUUAUUCUUAUUCUGUAUAAAUUGGAUAUUUGCAUAUAUACAUGGAAAUGGUAUCGAAUAAUUUAUAUUUUUAAAUACAUAGUUAUUAGAUUUAAUUAGACCUGAUAAUUCUGAAGUUAAAAUUAGAGAAUCACUUGAUCAUGGAGUAUUUGUUUCUGGUUUAAAAUGGCUUACAGUUGAAUCUCCUUCUGAAUGUUUGAAAAUUAUCAAUUAAGCAGAAAAAAAUAAGGUUAUUGCAUUUACUAAUCUAAAUGCUCAUUCAUCAAGAUCUCAUUCAAUUUUAAUAAUUAAAUUAGAUAAGAAACUUUAAAGAUAACAUUCUAAAUCAGUAACAACAUUUAAUAAAAAUUACACAUCAAAAAGUAAUCUUUCAUAAGAUUUUAUUCUCGGUCAAUUAAAUUAAAAUAUCAAUUGUAGUGUAGGUACAUUAUAUUUAGUUGAUUUGGCUGGAAGUGAAAGAAUCAAGAAAUCAAAAGUUUCAGGGGAUAGAUUAAAUGAAGCUAGAUCUAUAAACUGUUCUUUAACAGCAUUAGGAAAAUGUAUUCAUGCUUUAACUUGCACAAAAUAUACUUUCAUUCCUUUCCGAGAUUCUAAAUUAACAAGAAUCUUAUAAGAAGCUUUGGGAGGGAAUUGUAAGACUGCUUUGAUUAUAAAUAUUGGACCAGCUGUAAAACAUGUUGAAGAAACACUUUCAAGUCUUACAUUUGGAAUGAGAGCUAUGAAAAUAACUAAUACACCAUAAAUUAAUUAAACUGUAGGUUUAGAAGUAUUUUAAUUCAAAUAAUUUAGUAGGAACUUGUAUAGUAACUUAAAUAAGAAUUAGAAGUGAAGAAAAAUAUUAUAUAAAAAUUAGAAAUUUAACAAAAAUAGACCAAAAAUUAGGAUAAUUACAAGAGUAAUUCAGAUAUACAUUAUAAAAUAAAAUUAGAGAAAGUGGAAGAAUAACAUAAAGGAUUUUUAGAAGAAGUUGAUAAGGUCAUGGUUGAAUAAGAAUAAGAAAAUGAAUAAUUGAAAAAAUAAUUAGCUAAAACUAUCAUAGAAUAUGAGGAUUCUAAAAAUAGAGAAGAAUUACUUUAAUAACAAAUUUUAAUUUUAACAUAAAAAUUGCAUGAAUUUGAUAAUUAAAUUUAAACACUUUAAAAUUAUGUAAGUAUUUUCUUAACAAAUUUUUAGAAUAUUCAUUUAAGAAAUUAAAUACAACAAUAAUAAGAUUUGAAAUAAAAUAAAAAUGUAAGAGAUUAAUAAUAAUAAGAAAUAACUUUUCGAAAUUCUUCACUAAUACAGAUGUCAAAAGAAAAAUAAAAUUAAUAGUGGAGAUCUGAGUUAUCAUAAAUUACUUCAUAAUAUGCUAAUAAGUUAGAAGAAGUCAAAAGAUUUGAGAUGUAUCAUUCUGGUAAAGAAAAUCAAAAUCUAUAAGAAGAAAAAUUAAAAAAUGAAAACUUAACUUCCCAAAUAAAAUAACUCAAGAUUGAAUAUCAAGAGAAACAGUUAAAAUUAAACUAAAUCAUUAAUUAAUUAGAUUAAUAAAUAUAGAAGUUAAAUGAAUAAAGGGAAUUUGAAAAUAGAUAAUUUUCCCAAAAAAUUCAUAAAUUAGAAAAUGAAAUAAUUGAAAUCUCUAUUUUAUUUGAAUAAUCAUAAAGAAAAUCAAAAUAGUUAAAUGAUUAAUUGGAAUAAAAUGAUAGAUUUUAUAAGCAAUAAUAAUAAGUUAGUAUUGAUUUAUAACACUAAUUAGAGGAACAAAAUUAUGAUUUAAAAAAAUAAAUUCACAUAAUUUAAGAGUAAUUUGAAAAUCAUAAAAAAAAUUCAUAAUAAUUAUUGGAAUAAUAGGUUAAUGAAAUAAAUAUACUGAAAUAAUAAAAGGAUGACUAUUAUUAGUAAUUUUAAUAAAUAGUUCUUUAAUAAAAAGAUUUAUAAUUAUUAUAAUUUAAUAGUAAUAAAUCUAUUAUGUAGUCACUAAAUACUCACUAGUCAAUUGAAUAAAAUAUUGAUAUCGAAUUAAAAAAUUCUAUCAAUUUAUUAGGAUUAAAUGAAGGUCAAAUUGUAAUUGAUUUGUAAAUGAGAAUUUUAUAACUUGAGAAUGAGAUAAAAAAUUUACAAAAUAAAAUUAAAUAAAAAGAUUUAAAUGAAGAGAAUGGCUGCUAUGAAAUAGUUAAGAAUUUAUUAGAUUAAAUUGUUAUUUAAAUCGAAUAAAAUUUAUCUAUGCCAUUUCUUUAAAAUAAGUAUUCACUAUAAUUUUAUGAUAGUUGUCUAAGUAAUAAGAAAUCAGAAAACUAACUUAAUUUUGGACAAGGCUCUUUAAAAUAAUUAGAAAUAAAUUAAUUAGUUGAAAGUUUAUUUAUUGAUUCUAGACAUAGUGCUGAACACAUUUUAACAGAAUGUGAGGAAUAUAUUGAUUUAGAGAUUAAAAAUUAAGUAAAAAAUAUUAAUCAAGAUGGAAAUAAUCAAGAAUAAUUAGAUUUUUGUAAUUAGAUUUAAGAAUCAGCAUUUUCAUUUGGUUAAGAUUAAAAUAGAGUAAAUAGUUUAUUUUAGCAAAAUAAAUAAAUUUGUAAUAAUGAUAAAGAAAAAGAUGAAAUAAAUGUAGAGAUUGAUAUUUGUGAUUCUUUGAAAUAGAGUUUAAAUGAGUUAAAUAGAGAAAUAAAUUUUAGAAAAUAAAAUUAAGAUAAAAAUAAUGAUUAAAUAGAUAGAUAAUUUUAAUAAUGUUAGAAAUAAGAAGAAAAGAAUUUUGAUAAUAAAAAUAAGUAAUUUUAAUAGUAUAAAAAAGAAUUGAAGAGGAAGAAUUAUAAUAAGUAAUAAAAUUAAUGUAAUAAAUACUAAAAGAUCAAAAUAAAAAGAAAUGUGAAUAUAAUGGUAAUAGUUUGGAUGUCUUAAAAUCAUCUAUAGUAGAUUUUAACAAUUUAUGUAAUACAUUAACAAGUUACUUUUAAUGA